UUUGAUACCACUCUUCCGAAGGACAAUUGUGUUCUAUGAUUUGAACUCUUCUGCCUCUUGAUCAAACCCAUCCACCCCCAUUGGGCUGCAUACGUCCAAGGUCUUCAGUCUAAUACAGCAAGAUGAUUGUGACGCGCGGAAUAUCAUUGACAAACUUUGUGGUGGCAUCGUCGGCACUCGCAUUCCAAGUUUUUGUCCUGUAUCCAUGGCACAAGCAGCUCGACGACGGGUUCGAGGCCCUUAAGAAAGAGCACCUUCGAGUCUUAAAAUCUCUCGAACAGCUACAGCAGGACAGUCGGAAGCAGCUUGACAAACGAUUGGCUUAAAACAUGGAUGGAUCAUUACGGCAAGAUGUGGCGAUAGAAUAGACGGAUUCGGUUAAUAAAACAAAGCAUAGACACGGCCUCCUUCUCGAUAGUAAUAUCGAGUUACGGAGCCAACGAAAGGUAUAUACUGGGGAUAAUGUACAGGGGUCUCACAAUGAGCUUAUCGAGUGUCUUGACUUCCCAGACUUUGAGAAACAAUGUAAGACUUCCUUAAAAGAUGACAGCCUGUAACAUUAAGCCACUCUUUUCUACUUGAUGGCCUAGAUACGAAAGCGAUGUGUCAAUUAAACCACGAUGCAUUAUGUGUCGAGGAAAUGACUACCGCAGAAAUUGAAGGUUUCUGGCGCGGAUAUGGCCG